AUGGGCAAAUCCAGCUCGGGCCGCCGACGGAGCGGCUCUGAAGCAGUGUCCAGGUCCGAGCGAAGUCGACGGACUUACGAGGCUGAAUCAUUAGAUGGACGCGCCCUCUCCGAAUCGAUAGCCUCGUCUGGACGAGAGUCCGGCCGCCGCGACGACUUUCGCGAUGCAAUUCAGAACGCCAUUCCUCCCGCUAGCGAUACGGCGCGUUCAAGCCAGUCUACCAAAUCACGAUCUGUGGAAGGCAGCUUUGUGACUGCACUGUCUGCUGAGCCAACUGAGAUCAGCGAGGUUCCUAGCGACCGAUCAAGAGCAGACAACAAGCGUAGCGGCGACUACGAAGAGACGCGUAGAGGAAGCCGCAGGGACAACAAACUUGACCAGUCUACGGUCGAAAGAUCGCGGGGAAGUCUAAGUGGUGAAGAAUCGAGGCGCAAGUCGAGAAGGGAUAACAGGCCCAGUCAAGAUGGUGCUCACAAGGGUUCCAGAGCAGACAGCAACCUGAAGGACUCGACGCAUGAUCGCGGAGUAGACAGUGCCUCCCUACCAGAAAAUCAGUUUCCCGGGGCGUUUCCGGCGACUUACACUCGGCCAUACCGACCCCCCGGACUGGCCACCGAGUAUUACGGCGAUCAGGGAGAGUCAGUUGCUUCCCAGCCUGGCGUGCGUCCCAAUCCCCCGAGCAUCGUCACCAACGCCGAACAGUCGCACUUGAUGCAGCCCUCUGUUGAGCCUCGACCUCCACCUGAACCCAGCAGUGUGGGCCAAGUUGGAGCAGCUGCGAGCUAUUUUGAUAGUAGUGUCGUUGACUCAGACAUUGCUAGGCCGAGCGCUUCGAGACCACCUCAGGACGGGCGCCCCAAUUCGAACAAGCCUAGCAAAUACAACGAUCCUAACACCAGUCCAAGAACCAGCCCUCGUCCUGGAUUUCAUGGACCAAGACCGCCGACCUAUGCUGCCCAUCAAUCCGGUGCGUCCAAUGCCUCCGUAGCAUCAGCUACUACUGGAGCUGCCGCGGAGUACUAUUCAGGUCUGGAUCCAGGGACAAUGGCCAGCUCUGCCGGUAUCACACCAGUACGCCCACCUCCAGUGUCCGCGGCUGGGCUUUCUGGUACCCCUGGGUUCGAGGCGCCGUUGCAGGGUUAUCCUAAUGCCGGGAUGUACGCUGGCGCUGCACUGGCCGGAACCGUGGCAGGCGCUUCUAUGGCCGCCCACUCCCAUGACGAGCAUUCGCACAGUCACUACCUUCACCACGCAGACGGUUCGGGUGCUAUGAGCGGUGGUGCCACUCCUCAAACAGCACCAAUGCAACAGGCCCAUCGUCACAAACGCCGUGGACCGCUCGGUAAACUGAUUGACUGGUUUCGUGACCCUGAGGCCGUGGCACAGUAUGAGCAAUAUACCGAAGCGAUUGGUGUUUGCAAAUAUUGUUUUGAUCCUUGGAGUUCUCCGGCAGACGCACCACGAAAGCAUCACUACCGACGCCGGAGACCUUCGUCGUGCAGCCGGUAUGGGAGCACAAGUCGCGUUGACAAGACAGCGCGGUAUUCAUCUGAUGAAGAGCGACGAAGACGUGCAAGCGCAAAGAAUGUUGCAGUCGGCGGCCUGGCCGGCUAUGGCGCAGCAAAAAUAGGCGACGCCAUUCUCAAGAAUCAACAUGACUUUGACGAUACCUACUCGGUUAAGUCAGGACGGCCAACUGAGCCAACGCAGUUCCAUUUCCGGGACGAUAAUGUUGACCCUGGACGCAGGGUAAGGCGAUAUUCUUCUUCGGAAGAUGUUCGGAAGCAAAAGCAGAGAAGUCAUCGGACUAGACACAAGCGCCAUGAUACGAGCGGCAAAGGGAAGGCUCGUCGGCGUGACUCGAGUUCGUCUGCGUCGUGGUCUGAUUCUACCCGUCGCCAGUCGCGCAGCUCGGCGGUGAACGCUGGUCUUGCUGCAGCAGGGGUCUCCAUAGGUGCAGCAGCUUUGGACAAGAAACUGUCCGACCGGCGGAAACAUGGGAUUCGCUCUCCAUCCCCUCGCAAGACACACUUCUCAAAGAGAGUUUCUCCGAUGCAUUCAUAUGUAGAGCUCCCUACCUCGACUUCGGAUGGCCUGUCCAGCUUCUUCACGAGCCCUUCGGCAAACAAGCAAAAGGGCAAAAAAUCAAAAGGGUUCUUCAAUCUUUCAAAUGCCUCCAGUUCCUCGUCCGAUGCAGAUCUUGCCUACGGCAGUGGCACUGUACGUCGAAAACUCGCAAGAGAGCGCCGUGACGUGAUUCGGCCGAAGCAUGAAAAUCGGGAUUCAAUGAAGGACAUGUUGAAACUGGUAGCCGAGGGCAAUGCUCUCGCUGCUGAGAGCGAUCGUCAAAAGGGUAAAGGUAGGGAAACUUUCGGUACUAACGAAGCCUCCAGGUGGAUGGGCAGUGGUGAGGACCACUAUGUCGGACAGGAUGAUGGGUGGUACGAUAUUAAUGACGACGAUGACCAAUCUUCUUCCAGCGUGGAUCUGUCCCUUGCGUAUGGGGAAGAAAUCCCAGAACCUCAGGUUAGAAGACCUUCCCGCGACCAGACGGCGCAUCCACGAACGACCCAUUAUAUGGACGGUUCUCGACACUCAGAGCGCGGACACGGUCGGACGCACUACCAUAACUCACCGCAUUACAGAGAGGAGCGCAAAUCGACAAGAUUUGGAGUCAGCCCAACAGCUGCAGCAAUCGCAGCCGCAGGGGCUGCAGCAAUUGUCAGCUCUGCAGCGUCUUUACAUGAUGACUCAAGGCGAUCGGCAAUUCGUAAAAGUCCCCCUCCACUGCAAACCCUGGACCCUCGACCAAUUUCCGAGUCGAGUAUCCAGGGUCUCGCGCAAGAUCCCACAGGGAGCAUCUAUCCAGGCAAUGGCAUCGCAACUGAAGUCCCUCGAAUAUCAGCUUCUUCCGUGCCUUUGCAACAGCCGCAGCCGUAUGUACCAGUUGCUCCGCUGAUUCAUGACGAGCAAUUUGGAUACGACGACCACGAUAUUGGUCGCUCUGACUUGCGACAGCAAGGGCAUAAAAGUCGCCGUUACGGUGUUCAAGAACAGCAGAGGGCGUACCCUGUUGCCACACACGGCACAAUGCGUCGAAGAAGAGAUUCAAGCCCUGCCAAAUUUGAUUUGGGGCGUUUUGCGAAGAACACCGGCGCGGACAGGCAGGCUGAGGAGGGGCAUCAUGACCGAGAUGUACCUGGCGAUGCGAAGCGGCGUCGAGAGGGUCGUCGGCGAAAAUCUGCUGAUGCGACAUUGUCAAUGGCAGCAGCCACUGACCAGUCGACAGGCACCGCCUUUCAUGAGUCCACUCCCAGCAAAGAUCCAUCGCGCGACUUGGAUGCAGGGUCACCUGACUCGGCAGAUGCGCGCAUCGCUGAGAUAGAGCGAGAUUUAUCGCGUCUCUACGAAGAACAACGCCUGAUGAAGGAUCGAAGCGACUUGCAAAGGACUAAGCGAUCAAGCAAGGGCGUCGACUUUUCUGAACCUCUACUCAUUGGCAAACACAAGGCACGCCCUUUGGCACAAGACGGAUCUCAACCCCAACGGAAGUCAAGCAUGAAAAAGACUAAGGAUGGGGAUGCGUCUUCCAGCCGCGACUCCCAACAGCAGCGAAUAGCGCGCAUGGCAGCACAGCGUGUCAGGUCGACUCCUUCGCCAGUGCAUGAGGAUUACGGGACGUUCUUCGUUCCAAAAGAGCUCAAAGAACAUCUCGAAGAACAUAACGCAAGGGCAGAGCAUAGGGACGAUAUUGGGGCGAAUGUGGUAGAGAUCGUGCCGGGCGCAGAGAAGCCAAAUCGACGACACCCUUUUGACCCAUUCACAUAUCGACCCUUCGGCCUAGAUCUCGAGGACGACCCAACAUUGCAUCCUUGGCCUGUGCCAAUGUUAGAGUUGAUUGAACCGACUCCGCCCAGCAGCAAGGCCCACAGCAUCCAAGAAGACAUUGUUGAAGACUUUACAGCGGAUUUGACUACAGAACGUGCCGAUAAUACGGAGCUUCCGGGAAAGAGUCACAGUACCGAGUCUGAAGCCCUUUCUGGCGGUGGGGAUGCUGAAUUCCACGACAGCCGAACUCCACUGGACAAAGGACCUGCCGCAAACUCACCACCACGAACGGAGGAUGAAGACGAAGGGGAUAUCCGAUUUUUUGGCACAGCAGCACCUCAAAACGACACAACAUAUGAAGAGCAACCACCUCGGCCUGACAUUACUCGAGUGUGGACUUUGGGAGGAAAAGAAGCAGAGGAGCUCGAGCGACAGCUUCCAGUAGUUGACGACCAACUUGAAUUAAGCCCUACUUGGACGAUCGAUGACAAUGAAGCUUCACAAAUCGAACCUGAGAAGGUAGACGGAUUGGAAGAUAAGGAUUCUGCAGGAAAGCCUGGCCCACAGGCUACUGAGGCAAGCUCAGGAAGCCCACAGGAAGCCAGGGACGUAGCUACGGAACCUGGAAGCGUCUGCCCUGUGCCUUCUGAAGGAUCAGACCGUGGCCGAGCCGUUUAUCAAAGCCCCUUUGCCGAGACAGUGAGCGAUCUAGGAGUCAUCCAUGAUCAGCGACAUGAUGAGUCUCCAACUGUUGCAAGGGACCCACAGAGGAUGGUUGAACAGCAGCCCAGCGACCAAGAAGGGAUAUUUGAGCCCUCCGCAAGUGAAUCCGGUCUCGACCGGGGUAUCCACGGUGACGGACUGGCGCAACUUGCAGCAUCCGAUGAUUUCAACAAUUCAAAAGGCAGGCAUCCACAAUCAGACCCCGAGACUAUUGCUCAUCCUGGCCCCGGCCAAUCCCAAGUUUCAUAUGGCCAGGAACAUUUCCAAAAGCCCACCAUUAUAUUUCGCAGUGAUGCGGAGCGAGGAAACGUGGACUCCAUUCGUGAGCCAAUUGAGUCAGUGGUGGCAGAAGAAAGUCCCAACCCCAGCAGCAGACUUGACGCGUCUGACGAUCCGCCCUUCCAGUCGGCAAACCCUGUAGACGCUGACGAGGAGAACUAUGCACCCUCGAGUACUGCCUUCUCCACUUCGGGAAAUGAUUUCACAACUCCGAGGAACGGGGAUUCCGCGAAAUUCAAACCAGACGAGCGAGACGACCGUGGACAGGACGGUGUUAGAGAACGGCGCAAGAAGCGACGCUCAAAGAACAAGGAAUCUGGUAACGUGGCUUUCGCUGACCCUAAUUCUACUCGGGAAAAGGGUCGUACUUCGGAGCCUUCGGAGAGGGCUUCUAUCUCCAGAACACAAAGCGCGGAUGAUGGAUUCGUGUCUGCGAAGGAAUCUCCUGAGCGCUCGGCUCUACCUCCUGAAGAUGGCAAGCCUUUUUUAGAGGAUUGCCCCGAAAUGCCACCAACAACGGUCAUGAAUUCACAAAUGGAUAUUAAUGGUGUCUCGGGGCAAAGAUCUACGUCCAAAUCAUCAAUACAUGGAGCUGUGCAAUAUGAAGUCUCUGGUGAAGAAGAAAAGAGCGGUAAGCCGAGCGACAGUGGACGUGAGCUCAUACCUGAUGGCGAGGAAGAUGAGGACUCAAAAAAUGAUGCCGCCCACACUUCAUCAACUUUCGCUACGCCCGUCUCUACCCGGCGUCUGUCUAUGAUCAAAACUUCAGAUGAUCAUUCUAGCCCGGCGAUCGUCAGCUCUCCAACUGCGGUGCCCUUACAUUUCCGACGUCCUCCUCUUUCGCCCACCAAUACACGAUUUGCAAUGAGCUCUCCCAUAGCUUCUCCGGGUUCGCCGUUGACGACGCCACGGACCCGACAGGGACGUCCCAAAUCAACAGAGUUUCGUUCAAGCAAGGAGUUUCGACCACUUUACCUGGUGGAAAGGCAGAAUUAUGCAAAGAAUAUGGCGUCCCCUGAAGCGCCGGAAGAUUAUCCGUCUUUGCCGUCAAGCAAAACAAGUUCCGCGCACCCUUCCAUGGAAGAUCUUCGAGCCGAAGCACAGGCUCAGGAAGAGUUUGGAUAUUCCACCCCUUCACGCAUCAAUGCCGAUAUGUUCCGGACGACCGCCAGACGACAUAGCUACUCUCACUGGCCAGAUGGAGAACCGAGGCGUGAAUCACCUGACUAUCUGGAUUCUAGAUCGGCCACCCCCGUUCCUGGUGAACAUCAGAGAGCUCGCGAGAGGGAAAAGAAGCCUAGCUUGAAGUAUGAGUUCCAUUCACCAAGCGAGCUUUUGCAGGAUCCGUCCUCGCUACAGGAAAUGCCUGCAGUGGACGAGGAGGCUGGCAUGGGCAGCCCGCUUCCUAGUGUCGUCAGCACAGAAACUGAACAGGACUAUAUGAGCGCUCGGAGUCGAAGUGUAUCCGCCACAAGAUCCCGGAGUCUGAGCCGCGGGCGAAAGGCCGUCUCGAGGUCUAGGUCUACUUCUAACUCGUGGCGGAGCGCGUUAUGGACCACAGCUGCUGCUUCUGUGGGAGCCAUAGCUAGUGCUGCUACGCAUGCAUUGAGGCCGACAUCACCUGGAGAUGGGAAGGGCGAAAGCUCAGAUUCUCCCGCAGACACCUCAGCAUCAGGUCUUGAAGGCCUUGAGCCGUCUGGUGCCGGUUCCAGCGAUGGAAAGGCUAUCUCUCGUGAAGACCAAGGCACUGGCCAGCCCCGUCCAGGUUCAGGUGUCAUCACAGAGACUGCUGAUGUACCAGUGCAAGACGGGUCGUCGCCUCCCAGUGGCCUGGCCACCACGGAGCAGACGAUUACAACUCAGCCUGCGCAAGCCUCUGUCGAGCCCCAUAUUCCGGCAGAAACCAAUGCGUCGGAUUUGCCUACGACAGCAGAUAUGGUGGAUAGUGACGACCCUACCAUAACUCUGGAUGAGUCUGCAACGGAUCUCAAAGUCGCUAGCGCGCCAGCAACAAGAACAAUCGAAACUGAAAGGUCAGAGCCAUCCAAGGAUGGGGCGGGAGCAGGGACAGAAGUUGUCAUGGCAGAACAGAAUACAGCUUCAGAUGACGAUUCGGCAAGGGUUGUCUCGGAACCCUCUGUGCUUCCCGUUGCUAUGAAGCAAUCGAAGAAAUCCAAAAAGGGCAAAAAGAAAGGGAAGAAAGGCAAUGGCCCAACGUUGGAGAAAGAUUUGGGCAAUAUGACUACAAGCCGUGAUGUUGCCGAUGAGGAGCAAACUGCUUCAGCGGCCAGUAUCGGGACGGCCUCACCUCCACCAGCUGAAGAGGCCCGUUCAGAAGACCUUCGGCCAGUGGAAGAGCGCCUCGUACUUCCGGCGCAACUAGAACAAGGUGAACAUCACGGGGAAAUCGAUUCCUAUCCGGCGGCAGAGUCUAAUGACUUGAAACUUGCUGAUAUCGAGGGUGCUACAAUCGGUGCAGAAGCCGCUGAGCCCGCUACUCUGGCCGCAGAUGCCAUGCAUGACUCAGAUAGAAAAGCACCUGUGGCGACGGAUUCCAAGAUGCUGGAACACUCUUCUCCAAGAAAGUUUUCUAUCACUGACACAAGCCAACGCGAUGCCGUAGUUCCAGAGGCUACAUCCGCUGAAAUGACGCAGCUUGGUGAUAGUAUGACCUGCAAUGUGAGCUCUGACGGAGAUUCUGCAAUCCGAGGCGUUGCCGCGGAUUCCAACCUUCCAGAGACUGAACCUGUUGCGGCUCAGGUUGAUGUAACUGGUGAGCCUGUUGCUCUGGAGCCUACACCCGCCGACGAUGAUGCAUCCGGGCUUGCUCCGUUUACCACUUCUAUGCCUGAACAAGGACCAGCCGAUGGACAAGGACCGGUUGAAGCUGUUCCAGGCGAGCCUACACUCUCUGGUCGAUCUGAAGAUGAUAGUAAAGGAACAGAAGGUGCGGCUGAGCCUCCUGGGGAGGGAACUGAUACACAACCCUCUACAAUUAUAGCACUAAGUGAUUCGGCCGAACCGGAGAUCUCAAGCAAGCCAGAGGCCAAGGAGAUCGCUAUACACACUGAAGGCGAGUCUGUACUGUCGAAUUUUGAGGGCGUAGAGGCGGAUUUGAACCCUCUUGAGCAGGCCUUCCAAGCGGCUGUUCGGGCCAGGGGUUUGCAGGAUGGAGCCAGCCUCGAGGAAGCAUAUCAGGCUUUCCAGCCGGAAUUGAACGAUCUGCGCGAGACUGUCGGUACUCCAUUGACCACCAUCGAGGAGGAAAAAGAGGUUCCCAUGCCUGCAAUGGAGACAGAGGCAGCGAUGUCUGCAGAGGAAGGCGUUCCGGCGCGGAAAAUGUCGAAGAAGGAGAAACGCAAACAAAAGAAGCUUUCUAAGACCUCUGGGGCUACGUAUUCCCCCCUUGAUAAGGUGACCACAGAUCAGGAGCCGGUACUUGAGGCUGCUGACAACGAUGAACAACCUGGAGGUGGUGAGGUUGCGAAACGGGGGCUGUUCGAUUUGGAUGUUUCCAGCAAUGCCUUGGGUGAAUUUUCCGAUCCACCAAAUCCUUUUGGCGAUGACUUUGAGCUUCGCCGAACAGAAGGUGAGGCUGACACUGCAGUCGUCCACUCCGAACCUGCCGAUUCGUCUUUCGCUGAAGCAAAGGGGGUGGAGAUAGAGCCGCCUCGGGACGGGGAAGAUCGCGACGGGGACGACUGGCUUGCGGGCUCGGCCUCAAACAAAAGGGCUAAGAAGUCAAAGAAAGAUAAAAAGAAGGCGAAAAGGCAACCACUUUACUUCGACAUGAGCGAACCGACUGGUGAGGGCGAUACGGCAGCUACGGCCAAAGACAUGGUAGCUGAAGAUGUCGGCUCCUCAGCUUUGAUGGCUGUUGAUGAGCCUCUACAUGAGCCAGAAGACACUGAGCAAUCAAAAGGUGCCAUGCAGGAACAGACCGAGUCAAGUUCUGCGCAGCCAGACGCUGCUCCUCGGUCUGGUGUCGAGCCAUCAGAUGACCUUUGGGAAAUGGGCUCCAAAAAGUCCAAAAAGUCCAAGAAAAAGAGGCUCGCUUGGGCUGGUGAAAGUCCGCUUGGUGCUCCAGCGGCAGAAGUGCUUCCGGCUGCAACAUCAGCCGAUGCGGUAUCCCAGUUGACCAGUGACACGCCCAGUCAGCCGUAUGAAGCCGAGAGCCCAAGGGGGGCCACCGUCUCCGUGUUGCAAGCCACUGAAGAUUCAGCAAGUCAUGAGCGGACAGUGAAUCCUAUGGAUGAUCACCAGAAAGAUCCGAGCCCAAAUGAUACGCGCCUCGGCCAGCCGGAGGAGCCAGAGCUACAAGAUUCGGGGACAGCCAAUACAUCAGUGAUAGAAUCGUCUACCAAAGACCAGGGCGGGAAAGAUGACAAGGGUGGCACGAAUGAUGCAUUUGAUGCCACGGAGUCCUACACGGUCACGAAGUCCUCCAAGAAGAAGUCAAAAAGGGAGAAAAAGAAACGUGUCUUGGGUGAGGAGGAUGAGGCGAUGCCUGACCCGAACAGUAAGCCUCCUGGCUGUUCUCCGCCUAGUCAUGAACGCGACCAGGAAUACAGUACUGUCAGAGACCCAGCACCCCUCGAUGCAUCACAGACCUCAGAACAAGUUGAUCCUACGAUCGUUGAGUCCGAUAAACAGCCAGAUCCUACUCAGGAGACGAAUCUGCCGGAGGAUAAGGAGAUGAAUACUCCGGAAGAUAUCCAACAAACCACGGCUGAUGUCACAGCUACUAUCGACGAUGCAGCAUCAUUAUCGAACAACAGAGGCCAGGCUAUUCUUUACCCUAGUGACUCCACGAAAGCACCUCAAGAGAUCGAUCCAGCCGAACAUCCCGACACCACCGUUGCCGAUGUGGUGCAACAGCCUGUGGACAAUGCGGAACAGACAGCCGAACGGCAGGAUCCAGCAGAAGAUGAGACCUUCUUUCCGAUGCCCACGAAAAAGUCGAAAAAGGACAAGAAAAAGAAAAAGAAGUUUACCUUUGAUGACUUUGAUGCUACGCAAGAACAAGAGGCUGGUGAUACUAUGGUUUCCACAAAUGAGCCUGCGUCGAAGAGGAAGACAGACGAGGUGCAUGUAUCCGAGGACGUGCCUGAUCCAAACGUGAAUGCAGCAAUGACUGAAGUUGGCCAAGUGCAGGUUCCUGGCGAUGACGAAGAGUUUAAUCUCAACUUGAAGUCGAAGAAGUCCAAGAAAGACAAGAAGAAGCGGCGCCAGCGUAUUGAUCUGUUUGAGGACAAGUCUGAAGACGUUCUCGCACCUGCCGAAGAUACAAACCUUAUCGCAGAGAACGAAACUCCGAGCGAGGUAGUAUCAGGAGUGCAUACGACGUCAACCGAGAAACCUGAGACACUUCCCGGUGCGGUGGAAGAGAAAGCUGGACUUGACAGCGAAGACAUCCAUUCACUUGCAGCGAGCGGCCCCUCAAGCGACAAUGGCUUAGCAAACUCAGAGUUCUCUACGGUCAGAGACAUGGUUACGCCUUCAGAGACUGUCUCCGGGAUACCGAUCAGCACUGAAACGGAAAGUCACGACUUGCCUACCAGAGGUGAGGACAUUGCUACGUUUGAUCCCACCACAGACCAGCCAGUCAGCCCGUCGUCUGCUGUUGCAAUACCGAACCUAGCCCUAGGGGAUACUGGACUAGAGUCGGGGGCAGUCGAGCCCGAAGCAACCGAAGCAACCGAAGCAACCUCGUGCGACUUCUCGGCUGAUCACUAUUCUGCUCCUCAGCAGCCGACGGUUCCGUCUUCUGUUCCUGAACUUCAAUCCAGCCUGGCCUCCAUUGAUGACAAUAUCUCAGAUAAGGCUCGCACCGAAGCCCCCGCCACUGAGCGAGAGGCGGCUGAAACCCCUUUACCGGAGUCUGCUACGACCAGCCCAAUAACUACACUGCCAGUUCAAACUGAACUACCUUCCCCUCAGUCUCACGCUGCUGAGCCACCAGGCGAGCUCGCCGAAGUGCAUCCUGGGUCAGCUCAAGCUCCUGUACCCGAGCCGGAUGCUGGUGAACCUCCUAGUAGCAAGCUCACGCCAGUUCUGCCUCCUGUGUCCGAGACUUCACCUGAACAAUUUGCUAUCCAGUCUGAAGCAUCUACAGUUCCAUUACCCGAAUCCCCUAUUGUUGAAACGCUGGCUACCGAGCCUGAACCAUUCGAAGUGCCUCUACCGGAGCCUCGUGCUGAUGAGCUAGCUAUCGAACCUCUGAGUACCGAGGUUGGUCUUGUUGAAGCUUCGUUGCCCGAGUCUCCUGCUGCUGGCCUUCCCAGAAUCGAACCCGAUCCGACCGCAGUCCACUUGCCCAGCUCUCCAGACUUUGGGCCAUCCAGAACUGAGCCUGAAUCAGCCGAAGCUCCUUUACAAAAGGUUCCGGUCACUGAGCCACCAACGGAGCCCCGUGCUUCUGCAGAUCCCACUGUCAAUGUCCAACCAAUCGAUGCACCAUCCUCCAAGUCCUCUGUGGUUGAGGCACAUGUCUUGCAUGAGCCUGCGGAGCCUCCUACUGAACCUUUCACAACGAAGCGUCAAGCUGCUGAGACUCCUAUUCUGGAGGACACUGCGAUUGAGCCUCCCAACGCUAAGCCCGAAGGAGUUGAGGUGCCAUUGCCUGAAUCUGCUGCUGCCACUUCUGAAUCAGGAGAGCGUAACCUUGCUGAUCUUCCCACUGCAGCCUCUGAUGAGGGCGAACAACCUGUCCAUGCGCCCUCUGAAAUUCAACCCCCCGCUGCUGAGCCGGUCUCCGCUGAUCCCCCAAGGGAAGAAGCCCCCUUGGAGGAGGACAAUCAUGCUGCAAGUCAAGACACCAAUAUUGUAGCUGAAGAGGAGUGGGGUUUCACAACCAAGAAAAGCAAAAAGGACAAAAAGAAGAAACGGCAAUCCAAACUGGACCAAGCUAUGACUGACGCCGUCGCUCAGGCAAGUGACAUCAGGCAAAUUGGAGAAGAAUCGAAACCUGUCCUCGCUGAGGCUGUACCUACUGAAGGCCCAAAGGAUGAUAUGAAUCUCCCAGUGACGGGUGUUGCGCCAUCGCCUGUCGAGGAAGACAAUUGGAAUAUAAGCUCGAAGAAAGCUAAGAAGGACAAGAAGAAAAAGCGUCGUUCCGAGCUCCGCACGAUUGAUGACAUGCCUACAAUACAGCCAACCCCGACCGACCAGCCUACCGAAGAACCUUCUUCUAUCAGAGCAGAGUCAGCUCUGCACGGCAUGGAGCCCAAAGAUACACAUACCACGCCCGAGGACGAGGCUCGGGAUCUGAGCGAGCAUCAAAACCAAUUUUCCUCAGGACCUGCACUUGAUCCGGAACGUGCCGAUACCAACAUCGAACCUGCGCUCGUACUGGACGAUCAGCAAGGCGAUCGUGAACCUCCCUUGGACAUAGUGGAGCCAUCCGGACAGGAGAAGCAGCGAGAUCUUGACAAGUUUGAUACCCCGGAAAUGGCACCGGGACAACCGGCCACUGUUGAGGAUGAAGCCAAGGGGGAAUUUGCCAGACAGCUUGAGGACCAUGAUCUAAAGCAUGAGGAAGCUCGGGGUGGGGACGCUGCUCAACCUACAGGUGGCACUCCAAUCGGAGCCAGAUUGGCGGAAACCGGAGCAGAGGAGCCAGAUCCGUGGACGUUGCAUGAGACAGAGCCCACCAACUCCACCGAAGACCUUGUUACAGCUCGCUCCGCGCCACAAGACACCGAUGCUUCUAUGUUGCCCGAUUCCAAGGUGUACCCGGUAGAGGAUAAUGCCCCUCGGGAACCAUUCACUCCGAGCGGCGCCGUCGAAGGGAGUGAAGCUGAAAACAAUCAAGCUUGGAACCUUACGAGCAGAAAAUCAAAGAAGGCCAAGAAGAAGAAGCGUCAGUCACUGUUUGAUGAAGGUGGUUUCGAUUCACCACCAGCUACUACUGGGAAUGUGGAAAAUGCCGGUGCUUCAUCGACAGAUAUAGGAAUCACCCCAGAUCCAGAGCCCCUUCCAACCCCAGCGAAUGAAAAUGCUCCCGAUCCCGAUAUACACCAAACCUCCGUUGAGCCUAAUGUCGACGAUGAGUGGGCAGUCUCCAAAAAAGCCAAGAGAGAAAAGAAGGAAAAGAAACGCCAACUGACAAUAGAUGAUUCUUCAGCUCAACCGGACGAAAGGUGCGCCACAGAAAAGCCACCGCCAGAUGUUGACCUAGGAGGGAAGGCAUUGGAAGAAGCCGUCACAGAGAGCUCUCAUGAAACCCCAAGAGAUAUUCAAGGUACGGAAGACGGGCCGCCAGAUACCGUUAGGGAGAGGACCACAUUCUCCACAGACAUUCAACCUGAGAAGCUGGAUGAAUCGGUCUUAGCACAAGAAGAGCCCAAAACCGACCUUGAAGAUGUUGGCCAGCAGCCUUUGAGCCAAGACGGCGGAGCUGAAGCGGUCGCUGCUACUGGAGUUACAAACGAGGGUCUGACAGAGAUGGGCACGACAAACAAUGAGAAGCAGCUCGCCCAAGACAGUGAGCUUGGUCCUUCAAUUUCCAACGAACCCGUUGGAACAAACGUGCAAGCAGUUGAUCAAGAACACUCGACUGAAAUGUCAGACAAAGCACUUACAGAGGCUGCAACGGGUUCCUGUGUUGUUUCUUAUCCCGUUGCGCCCAAGGACCAGAGACCGGAGGACAAUGCAGGAGACACGUCACUGACUAGCGCUGACCAACCCACUGUGACGACUACCGGGCUUCAUGGCUUGGAAUCCCCAGUGGUUAGUAUGGACAGUUCGGACUCCCCCAGGGGCAAGGCGGCUCGCAAGAAGGACAAGAAAGCCAAAAAGGCAAGAAGGCUUUUCGAGUUUAACGGCAUCAACGCACCUCCGUACCAGCCUGAUUCUACCAACCCAGGAGAUGACAAGCCCGAUGUUCAGACGAGCACGUCUCCUAAUGAGCUGUCGACAGGGAUAAAGGAGCCGCCGCCAGAGGCUGAUGAUAUGUCUGAUGUCAGUGCAAGCACUCGGGAAAGACGAAAGCGACGAAGAUCCCCGCCACAAUGGACCGGCGAUGAACCUGAGGAUCUGCCAUCUCAGCGAUCAACGACACCAUCUCGGGAAGAUGACUUUAUAAAUAUGGCGCUGGGUGUUGCAGCUGGACUCGGCUUUGGUAAAACUGAGAAUGAGGCGUCGAAGGAAACACUACAUAAGCCCCCUUCGCCUGUUCAACAAGGUCGGCCCGGUUGGUCAUUCGCCAAUCUUGCACCCGUCAGCGAUACGGCACGCUUGGAUGCAACCCGAGACAGCGGUGUCCAGUUCGAAUCGCCAGUCAUGCCUGUUGACCCAUUCGCCCCGAUCCGGGACAGUGGCUUUAUCCCAAGUUCUGCCGACCACGGGCCCAGCGAUGCUGACUUCAUAGCGGAUAUGAAGACUUCUGGGGAGCCACUGCGUCCUCCCCGGCCGCACUCGCCCACGAGUUCUACAGAGGACGUGUCAAAAACUCCAACUGACAAAGGAGCUUUUGAUAACGCGCUGAACUGGGAAACGCCGAGAAGGAAACCAUCUCCAGUUGAGUCGACUUCAAAGGACCGAGCUUCUGCACUAUUCGAUUCUUCGCCAGCAUUGCCGCCAUCCUCCACUAAAUCCCGCAGCAGGACCCCUGAGCGGCCAUCAACUCCUCUGCGACGGAGCCCAAGCAUUCAUGGGCGCCACAGCCGCGAAGAGUUGAGGGUGAAGGCCAGAACUCCCCAGCGUUCAGGAAACAGCGACGAACUUGCCUCAAACUUGAUCGACCGUGCCAACAUAACUGAGGUAAAUCGCUCCACGUUCCAGAUGCCAGGCCAUGAUCAUACCAGCGCGGUUUCACCAUCCCGGAAUAGCUUGAACACCAUCCGUGAGGAGCCUGCCGAAGCAUUCUCGUCCUCACGAAGGCACCAUCCAUUUGCCCACCCUCCUGCAUCCUUCAGACCUCAAACUCCACCCGAUGAGGACGAGAUUGUCGGAAGUGGGCUCCUUGCAGCAGGUAUUGCUGGGGCUUCGCUUCCAGCCUCCUCACGUGACCUGGAUGCUGCUAAAUCUCUUGGCGGAAGCAAGUCGCGAACCUCGUCAGUUCGCAACCUGCGCGCCGCCUCCGAGUCCGUCUCACCCUUCGACCCGGUCCGUGCCACGUCCCGCUUCUCUGAGCCCCUCGUCGGUGACCUGGGGGUGGAGAAUACUGCCUCCCGCGAAAGGGACAUGGCAGACGUCUACGAUGGCUAUGGCUCCUACCCGGGCAGUCCAAAGUCGCCGACGCGGCCCCCAAGUCUUCGGCAGCGACGAAGUAUGCAACAAGUCAAGGACUUGGAGACAAAGUUGGAGCAGUUGGCCAGCGAAAAUCGAACAUUGGCCGAAGCCAAGCUAGUGGCGGAACAACAACUUGAACAAGCGAAUUUCGAACUCAAUCGGUCCGAGCAUUCAACAGAAGAAUUGCGCCGCACAAGUGCCCAGCUCCAUGAACGUGAUGCGGAGAUUGCGCGUCUGAAGGAUGAGCUUGCCUCACUGGUUGUCGCACACGAAGCCUUGAAGCAUGAACAUGAGCAGAGUUUGUCCAGUCUACGACAGGAAUAUGAAGAUGUACAACGACAAUGGGAAGAGUCUACGACGGCCCUUGAGGCACUCCGGUCACGCCAUGCGGAGCUUUCGGCUGGCAUGGAAUCUAUUGUGAGACAUGAAAUCGAUACAGCUCUCGCAGACAAAAAUGCCGAAAUAUCGAGACUGCGUGAGGACCUGGAAGCAGCCCGGGACCAGAUCCGCGAACUUCAAGCUCAGGUGUUAGAGAACGGCGCGGACGAUGUGAUCGUCUUCCAUGACGAGGAUUACUUCGAUGCGGCCUGCCAGAAGCUAUGCCAGCAGGUGCAGGGCUGGGUGCUACGCUUCUCCAAAUACAGCGACCUGAAGAGGUGUCGAACCACAAACGAGGUGCGAGAUGAGAAGGUGGUGGACAGGUUCGACAAUGCGAUCCUGGACGGUUCCGACGUAGACGACGAUCUCGCCGAUCGAGUAAAGCGACGCGAUGUUUUCAUGUCGGUGGUGAUGACCAUGAUUUGGGAAUAUGUCUUUACGCGGUACCUGUUCGGGAUGGACCGGGAACAGCGACAAAAACUGAAGCAGCUGGAAAAGAAUCUAGCCGAAGUCGGUCCAACAAGCGCCGUACACCAGUGGCGAGCUCUCACACUUACGCUGCUUUCCAAGCGCGAGAGUUUCCAAGCACAGCGGGAAAACGACACGGAAGCGGUAGCUAUUGAAAUUUUCAACACGCUUGCGAGGUUCCUGCCACCACCGCAGAAUGUGGAGGAACAACUCCUGAACUCCCUUCGCCAUGUCAUGCACACGGCAGUGGAGUUGUCCAUUGAAAUGCGCACGCAACGGGCAGAAUAUAUCAUGCUGCCUCCGUUACAGCCGGAAUACGACAUGAAUGGCGACCUCGCCCGGAAGGUGUAUUUCAACGCUAGUCUGAUGAAUGAACGGAGCGGUGAGACGACUAGUAACGAGGAGCUUGAACAAAACCAAGCCGUGGUUCGAAUGGUGCUUUUCCCUCUUGUCGUCAAAAAAGGCGACGAUCGAGGCCAAGGAGAUGACGAGAUCGUGGUGUGUCCAGCCCAAGUGUUGGUUGCUCGUCCAGACAAAGGAAAGAAGGGCAAGGGCUCGACGAGAGUUGCCAGUGGCGGGAGCCAAACUGACCGUAUGAGCGUGGAUGCUCGAAGUCUUCGGGCAAUUAGUACGCACAGUCUGGGUGCGAUGAGCGGCCUUGACGGUAACGACAACAUGAUUUGA